UAUUUCCCAUCGUAGUUUUGGUUUUCCUUGUCCCAUCGAAAGCCCGAGCUGCCCGAGCCGCUGCUCGUAGUUUUGUGCGACGAUGGCUGCUCUUUAUCGUGCCCUUGUAGCUGCAGGGGACAGAGUUGUACCUGGUAAACUCCGCCCGCUGUGGGAGCAUCCGGCAGGGCCCAAGACUAUUUUCUUCUGGGCACCUUCGUUCAAGUGGGCGUUAGUGAUUGCCGGAAUUGGAGACUUGGCGAGGCCUGCCGAAAAAUUGAGCGCCUCGCAGUCAACAGCGCUGGCUGCUACUGGAAUCAUCUGGUCACGGUACUCCAUGGUUAUCAUCCCUAAAAACUACAACUUGUUCAGUGUCAACAUCUUCGUAGCCCUGACUGGGCUCUAUCAGUUGCUCAGGAUCUACAGAUACAACCAGACCCUAAAGGUGGAAAAGAAAAGCUAGGGCAAGCACGGUCCUAGUAUAUUACAAAGGCGCAACAUCUGUGCAGAGAUUAGCUCGUGUAUAAUGUGUCAAUACCUGCCAUUUUUUUGGAGAUGCAAUACGUACGCGAAAUUAAGUAAUUGCAAUGUGAAUUAAGCUAUAGAUAUUUUACUUAGGUGAAAAAUAAAACUAGCUGAUUCAAGGUA